AUGAGCGCAUGCACACUCAGAAUCAGGCUGACGUCCUUGAUGAACCCGUGCAUGUUGGCCAUGGCAAUGUCACCUCGCCUUCGCCAGCGCUUCCCGGUUAAUGGAUGCAGAAUCGGGCACGUCGCUGUCCUGAUGGAAACCAUUAAGAAAGGAGUUCAUGAUGCCGACUCUGAGGCCAGAUCAGUCGCUAGGAAAUGUUACUGGGGUUUCCACGCCCACUUCAGUAAGGAGGCGGAGCAUCUGUUUCAGGCGCUGGAACUGACCUAUCAGAAAGCGCUGCAGUCUCACCUGAAGAGCUCCGACAGCAUCACGUCUCUGCCGCAGUCCGACCGCUCGUCCUCCAGCUCGCAGGAGAGCCUCAAUCGGCUGCUGUCUGCUAAAACACCUGUCGGGAGCAACUUGAGCAAAA